AUGUAUCGAUACGCCCAAGCUUACGCCAAUCCUCAGGGACCCAACGACGCCCGUCCUACUGCCCUUCAAAUCAUCGAGGAUGAGAACCUCACUGGCAAACUCGUCGGGAAGAGCGUCUUCAUCACCGGUGCGAACCAAGGUCUUGGGCUUGAGACAGCCCGCGCUCUCCACUCGGCCGGGGCCACCGUCUACAUCGGGGCCAGAAACCGUGCCAAGGGCCAGCAGGCCAUCGACGAGAUCCAGGCGUCGGAUGCUAAUGAUGCACCGCUGCAUGUGGUUGAGAUUUCUCUCGACUCAUUUGACUCGGUCAGAAAGGCGGCCAAGGACCUCGUUGCCCAGAACGACAAGCUAAACCUCUUGAUCCUUAACGCUGGAGUUAUGUUCUCCCCGAAGGGCAAGACGGUGGAUGGCUUUGAGACGCAGCUCGCCAUUAAUUAUCUCGGCCACUUUCUCCUAUUCCAGCUCCUUAAGCCUGCCCUCUUGGCUGCAUCCACUCCCGAGUUCAACUCUCGAGUUAUAGCCCUUUCUUCAACGGGUCAUCGCGCCGGAGGAAUUCGCUUUGGAGAUUUGAACUUUGACGAGCCGGGCUCUUAUGACCCGAUGCUCGCAUACGGCCAGGCUAAGACGGCCAAUAUCUACCUGGCCAACGAGAUCGAACGGCGCUACGGUUCCCAAGGACUACAUGCUAUUUCUCUGCACCCUGGUGUCAUCAAUACGAACCUCUCAAAGUCCCUGGAUCAAGCAACCAAGGACUUUAUGAGAAACGAUCCGGGCUUUCAGAAGCAGCUCAAGAGCGUCGCCCAAGGUGCCGCAACCACCGUCUAUGCUGCGGUAAGCAAGGACUGGGAGGGCAAGGGCGGCAAGUACCUGUACGACUGUGCCGAGGCUGGCCCAGUACGCCCAGACUCGGAUUACAUGUCUAUGGACGACGGCUACGCGGAGUGGAUUUACGACGAAGAAAAGGCAUCCAAGCUUUGGACAGAGUCUAUCAAGCUAGUCGGCCUCGAGGAGGAUGCUUGA